AUGGAAAGGUUCACAGAUUUGUUUCAUAAACCCCCGCCCUUUGUAUUGGCUAGUUAUGGAUGCUCGCUUGGCGGCCUCCUGCUCGGGAUCGACACAGGCAUCAUCGGACCCGUCACUGUCAUGGAGUCCUUCAACGAGCCCUUUGGCCAUCCGAGCCCAACAGUUCACGGCGUAAUAGUAUCAUCCAUUCUUGCAUCAGCCGCCGUCGCCUCAUUUUUAGCUGGCCACUUGGCCGACAGGCUCGGUCGGCCGGCUGGGAUUGCCAUCGGUUCUAUGUUAUUCGGGAUCGGCUGCGCCAUAGAGGCGGGCGCUGUUCACCUGGGAAUGUUUAUGGCUGGCCGAGUGGUGGCGGGCAUAGGGGAGGGCUUCACGAGCGGAAUAAUGAUUGUAUAUAUUUGCGAAAUCUCACCCGCCAAACACCGUGGAGCUCUCACAACGGGUCCUCAACUCCUGAUAUGUGCUGGGCUCUUGGUAGGCUUUUUCACUUGCUACGGAACUGAGCGCAUUGAGUCAGACCUCUCUUGGCGGCUUCCCUUCAUUCUUCUCGCCUCUUAUUCUGUCAUUUUCUCCACCGCUGCCUACUUGCUGUUACCAGCGUCGCCGAGGUGGAUGGCCCAUCAUGGGAAGCCUACGCAUGAAGUGUCAGCAGCUUGGGAGACUCUUGGUAUCCAUGGCGAGGACCAAGAGGAUAUGGCAGAGCCGUUUGAGAACGCCGAGGCCAAGGCAUCAUCAUCAAAUAUAAUGGACCUCUUUUCCCCCGAAGCACGACCGCGGUUCUUUAUGGCUGUCUUCCUGCUGGCCAUGCAACAAUUCUGUGGCAUCGAUGGUGUCAUGUAUUAUGCUCCAUUGCUCUUUCGUCAGGCCGGUGUUGGUGUGAACGGGGACACUUUCCUCGUCUCGGGUAUUCUGUCGAUUGUCAUCUUGGCCGUCAGCAUUCCGGGUACCAUCUGGGCUGACAGUUGGGGCCGACGCGCCAACACCAUCUUUGGCGGCUUGGGCAUGGCCGGGGCCAUGUUCAUCAUCGGUGCACUGUACGCCGCAGAUGUCGUGCAUGCCACGGGUCCGGCCAGAUGGAUCGUCAUCGUGGUUAUCUACAUGUUUACCGUCAUAUACUGCGUCUCGUGGGGUAUCGUCAUGAAGAUCUACGCGGCCGAGAUUCAGCCUCAACAAACCCGGGCCAGCGCCACAAGCAUUGCCCAUGGUGCUAACUGGCUGACCAACUUCACCGUUGCCCUCAUCACCCCGAUCCUGCUAGCAAGCUCUCGAUACGGCGCUUAUUUUCUCUUUGGUGGAUGUACGCUCCUUACAGCGGCUAUCUGCUGGUUCUGGAUGCCCGAGACUAGAGGACGAACACUGUCGGAGAUACAGCGUGCAUUCCACGCGAACACCUCAAGUGACCUGGAGAGCUCAGGCAAAUCCAUCAAAAAGACACCACAAACAGCAUCUGGGGUUUUUGUACAGGAGGAGGAGGAGACCAAGCAAGAGAAGAACCAGACAUAG